AUGGGACAUAAGGAGCAUGGAGGGACUUGGCACAUGGAAGCAGCUCAACUGGAUACGCAAAGGAAGAAGGGAGAAGCCAUCUUGAAGACCAGCUCGACCGUCUACUCGACCAACCGGUCGAGUUCCUCAACUCGACCGGCCAAGCUUCAACUCGAUCGAGCUGAGAACCAGACCUCUGCUCCACCACCACCACUGCGUGGCUCUGCUCCACAACCAACACCACGUGGCUCUGCUCCACAGCCACAACCGCGUGGCUUUACUCCACAGCCAUCAGCGAGUGGCACUGCUCCACAGCCACAACCAUUCCGUCCCCAGCCUCUUCGUCCACAGCCAUAUGUUCCACCAACGUUUUCUCCACCGGCGUAUGCUCAAUCGCCGGUUCAUAUGGAGACGGACGAUGAACCACCGGAGAACUAUCCACUCCCGGAGGAGCCUCAAGCACCACAACAAGAUCCGCCUAUAAGUAUUUACGACUUGCUGCGAACUCCAGGUCGUGGAGCUUAUUUACCAAUCUUGGACCCAUGUCACACCGAAAACACAACAUGGUUUGAUCGAGAUGAUGGGAAACUGGUUUGCAAAAUCUCGAAGAUUUUGAAAAGCAAGUUUGAUGGUGCUUACUAUUGCUGGACAAAAACGCCUAAACAUGUCCAAGAGAGAUGUUUCAUAGCCUUUGCGCAAGCGCACCAUUGGGACCCCUUGAUCAAUUCACUUGUGGAAGAUGAAUUCAAGGCCAUUGCUUUACUACGCAUGAAAGAUAUGGUAUGCAAAGUGAAGAAAAAAGGCGCUCGACCAAAUUGGAUCGGGGAAACAUUGUGGAGAACAAUGUGCUCUUACUGGGCCACGGAGGAGGCCAAAGAGAGGAGUUGUACUGCAUCAAAUGCAGUAAACUUUCCGAAAGAUGGACUGGGAAGGCGCAUACAUCGGUCAGGACAAAAGUCCUAUUCGCGGAUCCAAAGAGAUAUGGAAACGGAGCUUGGAAGACCUGUGUCAAUUGGAGAAGUGUUCAUAAGGACACAUACACGGCCUGAUGGGAGUUUUGUUGAUCCAAAGUCUCAGAAUAUUGCUGAAGCGUAUGAAAAAAACUUAGAGGAUUCGAUGUCUCAGCUCAUGGAUGACACGUCUGAUUGUUCUUCUGAGCUUACCACAGCUGCAAAAGAUGAUGUCUUCCUCAAGACUACGGAUAUUGAUGAUAGGGGCAAUGAAUUCGGUCUUGGUAGUCUCCGGCGUCAGUAUGGAAAGGGGAAGAGGAAGGGAGAACCAGGGACCUCAGCCGUUUCUGUAUUUUCCGGAUUGCAAGAACAUUUGCAAGCUGCUCAACGCAAAAUUGAAGUCCAGGCAGCGGCUAUUGCUGCACGGGAAGUUGAAUCAGCUGAGCAACUUAACCGCAUCGGCAACUUAGAGAUGGUCUUGAGCUAUCUCAAGUCCACCGAUCCUAAAUUUACGGAUUAUGUGACACAGCAAUCUACACCAGCGGCAACUCAUUCACCGGGAGGAACUCCGACACCGGAAGUAACUCCGACACCAGAAGGUAUGGUUUCAGGCGGUGAACCCAUCUGA